AUGGCGGGAUUUCUCUCUAUGCUGAGGCGAACAUAUCUCGCCGUCUAUAACUGGGUCGUCUUCUUUGGAUGGGCACAGGUUUUGUUCUUAGCUGUGAAGACCUUGAAGGAAUCGGGUCAUGAACAUGUAUACAGUGCAGUUGAGAAGCCACUCCAGCUCGCUCAAACUGCUGCUAUUUUGGAGAUUCUCCAUAGUUUAGUGGGUUUGGUUCGGUCUCCCAUAACGGCAACACUCCCACAGAUUAGCUCGCGAUUGUAUCUUACAUGGAUCAUUUUGCAUAGUUUUCCCGAGGUUCAGACGCACUUCCUCGUUAGUAGUUUGACUAUUAGUUGGUCGAUCACCGAGAUUAUUCGAUAUUCAUUCUUCGGCAUGAAGGAAGCCUUUGGUGCAACACCUUCAUUUCUUUUGUGGCUCAGGUACAGCACUUUUUUGGUGAUGUAUCCCAUUGGUAUCAGCAGUGAAGUUGGUCUCAUUUAUCUUGCCUUGCCUCACAUAAAGGUGUCUGAAAAAUUCUGCAUAAGGAUGCCCAACAAAUGGAACUUCUCCUUCGACAACUUCUACAUCGCUUUCAUUGCUCUUGGAAUCUACGUCCCAGGUUCUCCCCACAUGUACAGGUACAUGCUUAGCCAAAGGAAGAAGGCUCUCUCGAAAUCAAAGAGGGAAUAG